AGAGAGAGAGCUUCGAUCGACAAUGGCGUAUUGGGUUUGUAUUUCCUUUCUCAUUUGCAUUCUCUUUGUUUCAUCGUUGAAUGGAUACAUCUCUUAUGACGGAGUUUCUCCGGAAGUCCGGCGGUGCCGCCGUUAUCGACGGCGGACUCGCCACAGAGCUCGAACGCCAUGGCGCGGACCUCAACGAUCCUCUAUGGAGCGCCAAAUGCCUUCUCACUUCCCCUCACCUUAUUCGUGGGGUUCAUGGAUUUGCUGAAGAUCUUAUGGGGAAAAAAGUUGCUACAAUAUUUGGAAAGUGGGAUGAAAGCAUGUAUUAUGUUAAUGGUGACAGGGGCAACAAUAUGUAUUAUGUCUUUCGAUUUUAUAUAUGAGAAAUUUGAAAUUCUAUGCUUAAAAUGCUAUUUUAUUUUUUCCCUAAAUGUAUAGUUAUUAAAAUUGUUCCUAUAUGCCAACUUUUCUAAUUUUCCUAAACUACCCCUCACAUUUCAAACAAUCAUCCUCUCUCUUCCUCUUGCUCAGCCGAACCGUCCCCCACGAUACCCAUCUAUCACAGCCAAAAAUUGUUCAACCCAUCCCUCUCACAGCCACCCAUCUCCGUCGACGCUCAACCCGACCUACCCACCGCCGUCGAAGCUCAACCCCGACCAACCACGGCGACCAAUCUCAGGCGAACCCGAAGCAAAAAUGUCGAAGGUGUGUUUGGUUUUCUUUUUUUCU